AAUUGCCCCAAUCCCAGAUCACAUUAUGCAUUAAUUAGGAGGCUGCUGUUCAUUUAGCCUUUAUUGAAUAUCAAUCCUGCAUCAUCUUUUUUUAAUCCUGCUCCAGUUCUGUCAGAGGGCAGAGGAAGGAAAGCAGGGUUGGGGAUUCAGAUCAGCCAAAAAAAGAAAAAAAAAAGAAAAAGGGAAAAAAACAGAGCUAGGACUGUUUGUGUGAUUGACAGAAGCUUCAGCCAAUGCCAGCUGAGCAGAGACCGCCCUCCCCCUCCUCUCCCCCCAAUCUUGCAGAGUGCUGGUCCCUCUGUGUGCUGUAGUACGUGGAGGAGAGGGAGAUCGAAUACUGCGUGAGGAGCCAUCCUCUGUGUGUGUGUGUGCGCCACCAACUACUACUUGCACUGGAUUUAAAGCAUCUUCACUACAACCCGCAAGUGGGGAUGAAAAGCUAACUGACAUUCAGGAAAAAGGCAGACAAAGAGGAAAGAAAGCAAAGUGGGCAGCUCUCUGAAGCCCUGUUGUGGAGAGAUACAAAAAGAGCGUCUAUAAAACAAAACCAGCAGAUCAGAAUCAGCUCUGUUUAGGAAGCAUGUAUAAUUCGGUAUGUUUCAUCAUCCUGUCAUGGGUGUUUGCUGUGCUUGUCUUCCCAGGAGUUCCAGCCAGAAGCGGGGAUUCUGUAUUAAAGGACAACAUCACCGUCAGACAGGGGGACAGCGCCGUCUUAAAAUGCAAUGUGGACAGCAAAGUAUCACGAGUGGCGUGGCUCAAUCGCACCACCAUUCUCUUCGCAGGAAGUGAGAAGUGGUCCCUUGACCCUCGUGUCAUCCUGAUGGAAAACACAGCUGUCACAGAGUAUAGCAUCAAGAUCCAAAAUGUUGACGUCCAUGAUGAAGGGCCCUAUGUCUGCUCUAUCCUCACAAACAAGAAACCAAAAUCCACAAAAGUGCAUCUCAUCGUUCAAGUACCCGCCAGGAUCACUAACAUAUCAAAGGACGUCACGGUGAACGAGGGCAGCAACGUCAAUCUAAUGUGUCUGGCUGUUGGUCGUCCUGAGGCCAAUAUCAUCUGGAAGCAUCAUUCGCCAAGAGGCACUCAUAAAUUUGUGACGGAAUCGGAACAUCUGGUGCUGACAGCCAUUACCAAAGAGCAGUCAGGAUCGUAUGAAUGCAUUGCUUCUAAUGAUAUCUCAGACUCUGAUCGCAGGACAGUGCAAGUCACAGUCAACUACCCUCCCUUCAUUUCUAAAGCGAGGAGUACGGGAACUGCAGUUGGACAAAAAGGAGUCCUGCAAUGCGAAGCCUCUGCCGUCCCGAGGGCAGAUUUUGAGUGGUACAAAGAAGACCGCAGGCUCUUCAAUGGUCUUAAUGGGGUUAAGAUAGAGAAUCAAGGCAGACAGUCGAUGCUUGUCUUUUUCAAUGUCUCAGAAGAAGACUAUGGGAACUACACUUGUGUUGCCAUGAACAACAUGGGAAUCACUAAUGCCAGCAUAAUCCUUUACGGUCCCGGUGCAAUGCACGAUGUGAAUGGGGCCGCUGUGUUGCCCCGUUGCUCCGUAUGCCUCCUGCUGACUGUAACCUUACUGUACUUGAUGAAGUUCUGAUGUGAAAUGUGACAACCUCCAAGCUUCUCUCAGCACUGAGCAGCAAGAACAGACUAUUAGUCCUUUAAGAAGAAUGGAAAUUUAAGAGUGCCAGUGGUUCACCCUUAGUUUUCUUUCUUUUUCUUUCUGGCUUUGCAUCAGAGUCUGUUCUCUGUUGGCUCGCCAAGAGUGAGCGGUGUCAAUCCAAGGAAGGGAAAAAUUUGAAUCAUGCACUAAUUUGAUGAUGGUAGAACUACCGAGUUUGUGUCUCCCCAAACCUUUUUGUAUGUGAAAAGGGAAAAAGAAGAAAAAUACAUGUAACUUGUUGAUAGUUGACUGUUUAUUGCCCAAUAUUGAAGUGUACAUUCAGAUUAUUAUUAUUGUGUCAUGUCCUGUUCAAUAUCUGUACAAUACCAUUAAGCUUUUUUAAGUAAAUGACAAAAAAGGAAAAAAUGCAAUGUGAUUGUUGAAUUUUACUGUAUUUUUACAGUUGUAUGCAAAUCUGAGUAAAAGAUCCUUCAUGAUAAACAGUUCAGAAUAAUAAAUAGUACACCAUGAUUUCUCAGGCAAAGUCCUACUGCAUAGUGCAUCCAAAUUUUUAUUUCCUUCGUAGUGUGUGUAGAAAAUGUACAAAUGUGUACAGACAAUUCCUGCACUGUAUUUUUUUUUUUUCAAAAUGCAUACAAUUAUCAGAUGAAACACCUAAUCACAGCGUCAUAGCAGCUUCACGGCAUAUUCACACUAGGCACUGAAAAUCUGAAAUUUGAUUGUUUAUGUGAAGUGUCAUUUAGGACAGACGUGUUGGUCAGUGUGCCACUUUGUUCUCUAAAGUGACAGGUUGAAUGAAAUGAUCAGAGAUGUAACUUGCUAAACAGGUAGUCAUUAAAGCAUCAGGUUAGUGGGGGGUCUAAUUAGCAACAUGGUGCUGAUCAGACAUCUCACUCAGUGCAGCUGUUAAGUUGGGCAACUAAAUUUAAUUUGUAAAAUUAAAUUUUUUCUAACCCCCCGUUACGUUAGAUUUGGCUUUUAAAAUCUUGUUUUAAAGUUGCAACUAGUAUGAUUUACACAGAUAUGAACUCAGCAAAAAUACAAACAUAUUUAAUAAAUAGCCUUUAAAUUUCUCAGGCAGCCACAGUGGUUCUCAGGUUCCCUUGGUUGACCAGUGGGCUUUUAUGCAAUUGAGGCUUUUUAUUCGGAUUCACAGAGCCAAACGAGUUAUCACAAAUCAUGUGUUUAUAUUUCUGUUCAUCUACAAUUGGAAAAUAGUACUUACUAAAUCUUGUUUUGUUUUUUAUUGCUCUUGAAUAUCUCUGAAAAUGCACACAGACACUCAUACUUUUUUUCCACCAAACUAGCUCUGGUUCUGAAACCAGCUCAGUUCAGGAUUCUUGGAAUCUUGGUGCUAUUUAGUGAACCGGCCCAUGUUCCCUCCAGUUUUUAGCGAAGCUAUUACAACCAAGGAUGUGUCAUCAAUGGAGGGUGUUGCAUAAUGUAUAAUGGAAGUAAACGGGUUAGGGUUAGGAUGGCGGAUCAUGCUGAUUACCUGUGAGCUUUUGUUCUGUUAUUACAUAUAUUUGUUUUUCUCCAAAAAACAAGCACUGACAAAGUACUAAUGAUAAGAACACUAUUAUGCGCAAGACUCCAUCCUCUCUUUCCAAUUUGUAGAACAUGCCCACUAAUAUCAUCACAGUUUGAACUGCAAGUCACUAAAAACCUGCUCCUUUUUUUUUGGUUCUAGCGGGAAACCAAAUUUUCAUGUUUUGAACCAAUCUGUAAUUUGGUCCAAAUGCUCUGUACAGUUCAAAUUAGUGGAACAAACUGGAAUGGAUCUGGUUCCAUGUUGGUAGAGAAUGGGUAUAAGGCCCUGAUCACACAGAAAGCAUUUUAGCAUCUGGAGGUGGCUUUUGUAAUUGUUUUAAAUGAGAAUAAAGGUAUUGCUCGCUGUUUUUGCAACUCCUCAAGCUGAAAAACCUUGAACUCAGAGCUAAAAAGUGCCCUAGGUCAUCUCCACUUUUUUCCCAUUUUCCAAUUGGAUGAUUUAAGAGGCGGGCCUUCUGGGGUGGUCACAACAACAAGUUUACUGUUGGUAAACAGUGGAGGAGAAACUGGUGGCAGCGGUUGCUGAAUGCCCAGAGCUAUACAGCUUUACACAUUGCUGUUCUCACCAUCUCAAUAGAAAACAGCAGGCUAGAAGCAUUUAAAUGCAAUACUUGAAACAGCCAUCAUCGAGGAGAAGCUCCUGGACCAACAGGUGGUACUCCCUGUGAUCCACCCUCUUCUUAGGGUCUCAUGUACCCAUACAUUUUAGUCCAUUUACUAAAGGCAUUCAAUUAAAACAUAAAUAAAUACAUGAAGGCAGUGUGGUGCGCCUCACGUUUUGCAACCUGCAAAAUGCUUUCUGUGUGAUUGGGGCCUAAGGGAAAAAGUGAGAACAAAUAGAGCAACCUAAAGGACCAUGCUAGUGUUUUUGAAAGUUUGAUCUUUUUUCCUACAAACAUACCAGAGUUUUAGGUUUUUAAAUUUGUAUUUUUGUUUUCAUAUGUGAUUGAUAUCAAAAGUAAAUGCAGUGACUGGGAAUUUGCAUUACUCAUUAAACACCACAUCUGCUUUUAUUGUUGUUGAAGAUGAGUUAUCUGUGUGGUAAUGCAAAUCAAAAGUUUGCCUUACAGUACAUCAGUGGUUCUCAACCUGCUGGCACCUGCUCUAUCCACUAAGCCAGUGACGCCCCAUCUGAAAAGAUUUUGGUUGUUGGUUUGAUUAAGACCAGAAGUUGACGACUUCAGCUGCAACGAUAGUUUAUUUAUUUAUUUAUCGAUGAUUAGACUGACAGAAAAUUAAUUGGCAACUGUUUUAAUAAUCGAAUAAUUGUUUUAGUCAGUUUUGAAGUUAAAAAGCGGGUUUCAUGUUUGGUGAGAGAGUUUGAUGCUUUUCUUUGUCAUUCAUGAUAAUAAACUGAAUUGCUCUGGAUUCCUGGACCAUUGGCUGGAAAAAAACAUACCAUUUAAAGACAUCACGUUGGGCUCUCAGAAGUUACACAGGGCAUUUUUCUCUAUUUUCUGACAUUUUAUUGACAAAAUGAGUAAUCAAGAAAAUAAAGGGCAUAUUAAUAGAAAAUGAAAGAAAAUGUUCGUUGCAGCCCUAUUAUCGACAAUUGAGGAGAUAACUGUGGAGAAAGUAAAACCCAUGAUCAGAAUAGCCACUUCUAUAUCCCUUAAGGCCCUGACACACCAAGCCAAUAGGUUGGCCGUUGGUCGAUGUUAAGCUAUCAGUGAGUGUCUGUCACCCUAGUUGGUACGGUGUGUCCCGCAAUGUUGCCUCUGGUCGGCGCUUGUCAGCUUUUGUUCGGCCAAUUCAGCAUGUUGAAUCUGCCUCGAUUAAAUCUGUCUGAUUCACAGUUCAGCUCAGCGCACAACAGAAGAAAUGGAAGUGAGGAACAUAAAAAAAGUUUAAGUCAAGAGGGAGUGAGACCAACACAAACUUGUUAUGAGGUAUGGUUGUUUGUUGUUGUUUGUUGAUCUUGUUUUUCUUUAGCCAUUGCGCUCUGUAGCAGAACCAUUUCCUGAUGGUUUGUGUUAUUGUUGACUGGCGUAUGGUAAAUAUGCUCUGUUCUUUCAACAUUGGAUCGUAUUAUGCAUCUGCUAACUGGCUAACUAGUAUCAAGCAUCUAACUAGCAUCUUUUUGAAUGACGAAUACAGACCACCACCAUCUUUUGGUGAGGAGAGUUAUUUCCUCUCACGCAGGUGGAGAAUAUACUAACUGGUAGUCUGUAGUCUUUGUGCUUGUGUACAUGUGCAACUUUUUGGCCAAGACACAGCGACAUCAGAUGAUGCAGCAGGGGCCCUUCGUCGCCACUAAUUCUCUGAAGCUGGUUUGGUGUGUCUGGGCCUCUACUCACAUUGGGCUUCUUCUAAAAUGAAUUAAAAAUAGUGAAAUUAAACUAUUCCCUAUUUUUUUCUGGACACAGCCUGGAACUCUCUCAAGGACCACUGGUUGAAAACCACUGUCUUACAUUACCUGCAAUAACACAACUUUGACAACAAUAAAAACAUAAAUUGUGUGCACUGGGAUGAAUUACAUACCUGUAUUUCAAGCAAAAGUCUGUAAAUUGAGUUUAGCAUAGUAAUAGAUUAAGAUGAACAAAAACAGUGCUGUGUUCCUUCAAUUAGCUUCUUCACAUAUUUAGUAACAUUACAAUCAAGCUGUUUACUCAAACAUGCUCCAUCAGUCAAAAGAGAGGACUGAAGUUUUAUCAUAUUUGUCACCCUAGUAUUUGAUUAUGAAGAGAUGGAGAAGCUGGAUAAACUUGAUUUAAACCUCCUUCAACUUAAACACACCCGUGGAGGCCAGGGUGUUUUUCACAUAGCUUCAGUCCAUGUCCAAUCCACAGAUGACUCAAGCUCUAAUAUUUCCUGAACGUCAAGAUAGUAAAGUCAACUUGAAUGAUGAUGAAUGUUCCGCGUAGCUGCUAUGAAGCUUUUUUCAGGUGUUAUGAAUGUGUGCUUUUAACCUGGUUUGCCCCGAGAUAAACAGCAGACGCUGUUUUCAAGACUGCAGAAGUGAUUGUUGUGCUCUGUAGUCGGUGGAUGCAUUUUCAAGGGACAUUUUUUUUAAGUCUGCCUCAGACAGAAAUUUCCAGUGAUGAGAAUAUAGUUAAAGCACAAGUGAUUGAUAAUGUGAUGUUCUGCUAUUGUCCAGUUCACUCCUGUGCAUACCUAUGAGUAAGAAGUGUGUUGAAGACAAAACAACAGGGAUGAGAUCGAUGUAUGUGGGAAUGCUUUUGUUGUACUCACAUGUUAAGUUAUGUGCUUGUAAUGAUGGUGAACCAGUCAGCUGCAGACUGUCACAGGAUGUGAUUUCACGUUUUUAAGGGUUUGCAAAAACAGACAGGUGAGAUUCAGAUACCCGCAAAACUAAAGCUAAGGGUCACUGUAACCCUUUCCAUCCCAGAUAGAUUAACAUGAAAGUAUUGAUGUCAAUAAGCUUGAAUCAGUUUGUUUAAAAUCCCCAUUAAAAGAGAACUGAUACUGGAACUUACUUAAGGUGUAUUUUUGCAUAUGGCACCAUGAACAACUAUUAUGAUUAUUAUUUAAUGGUUGAAGGAUUUUAGAUUUAUGCAUUUCACAUUAUAAUCCUGAAUGCAUAAUGGGCAUUUAAAGUUUGCAGUAUUCACAAUUCACUUGUCAUUUACAAUGUUUUUUCUUUCUUUCUUUUUUCAAACAGUUGAUUUUACAAUGUAAGAUCUCAUUGACGGCUGCAUUGUUGACCUGUUUGAUAUGUUUUCUGACCUAACUGGAGGUUCAGCAUAGGAUAGUCACUAUUAUAUGGUAUAUAGUCAUCGUAUCAUUUGAUUGAGAGAUUGCAAAAAUGUUCAUAAACUGGUUAAAUGUGAA